AGCAGGCAAGCUAGUUGAGUCCGUGCAGAAAGAAAUGGGUUUAACAGGAAAGACGACACUUGCAUCUGUAUCCGAGGCAUCAACCCCAUUACCCUUGCCUCGGACAAAAAGGCCGGCCGUCAGAAGCAUAACGGUAGAGGAGAUCAACCAAUAUUGGAGGAUGAAGCGGAUGAUCCAAGAGGAUCACCUACUUGCAGCUGAGAAAGCAGUGGCCAAGAUCAGAGCCAAGUCUCUCAAGGAAGAAGACUACCGGAAGUUUGAGGAAUCAUUGGAGGAGACAUUGGAUGAGGCUAAAGGCGAAGGAAAGACACAGGCUAAUCACAAUGGUGAGAUGGAGACAUGGAUAAGAUUCAGGGACUGGUGGACCAAGAGUAAGUACUCGUACUUGAACCAGCCGGCAACCGAAUCCAUGGGACAGAAUGCAACAACAAAACACCCAACUUCUACAUACAUUCCACAGUAUACCUGUUUCGCCAACUACUCUUCUCCUGCACAACUCUACUUCACAUCAUGCAGGGUUUUAGGCCAAAAAUAACAGGUGGCCAACACUGUAAUGCACGCACUUGUUAGGCACUGCAAUACAACAAAAGUAUCCCCGGUGUUCACUUCCCUUCUAAA